UCUAAUGGAAGGUUUGAGUUCAUGUCUCUACUGACUAAUAGGACGAGUACUGCAGACAUACCUGCAAGUAGACCUCGAACAUCAGACAGUCCAGUUCACUGGAAAGACUCUAGUUCAUCUCAGCAGCAGCAGCAGCUUCCAGAGGAGGAUUGCAUGAAGUUAAACCCGUCAUUUCUUGGAAUUGCACUAAGAUCAUUGUUGGCAGUUGACCUCUGGCUAUCUAAGAAAAUGGGUGUAUGUGCCAGGGAAGGAUCUUCAUGGGGUAGUGCACGUCCUCUGAUGAAGCUAGUGGAGAUCUCUGGUCAUGGAAUACCCUGGAUUUGUUGCACAAUCUAUUGCCUGUACAAAAGUGAUAGUUCAGCUGGCAGA